AGUUCACAAUGACACCACUUGAACAGCGGGAAUAUUUAUGUCUCGCGGCUUAGCGGUUCUGCGUUCGAAUUCCUAUACAAUGCACUACCUUACUUGGUGCUGGUGUCAAGGGGGCAUCUGGCUGUAGAAUAGUCUUUAAAAAUCUCGUUCAACCCAUGCUAGCAUGGAAAAAAAGAUGUGAUGAUGAUGAUGAUGAUAAAAUUGAACAAAGGAAGUAUUGAAUCGACCCUACUUUAAUGUUAACGACAAAAAAGUUAUCAAUGCCUGUGUGUGCGAGGGGGUGGUGGUGUAUUCUUUUCCUCCACUUAGAGUGGAAUAUUUAACCGUUCCCGCUUGGAUCCAAUGAAGACUGUUUAGUUACUAUGACAACAGUUAUUGGUAAAAACGUUAUCAGAAAUAAUCAAAUAUAUAAGUCUAUAUUAACAGAGACAAAUUUAUCAGCGUUUGUGUUCGGCCAUGUGAAACAAAAUAAAUUGAAGAUAAUUCGAAGGAAAAAGGCGUUUAUUUAAAGUAAUGCCCAGAAGUGAGAAACACAAACAGUGAGAGUAACAGAGGAAAGAAAGAAAAGAAAAAAAAGGAAAAGAUUCUUGAAGGCUGCAGUAAAGUUUCAAGAUGUUGUGGAUGACAACUGCUGCAAAAGUCUAUGAUGAGGUGAUGCAGAAGGGAGAUCCCCGUGUUGCUGAUUGGUUCAUGAUGUCUUCACCUGUACCUAGUUUCCUUAUAUGUCUGGUCUAUAUGGUAAUUACUAAAGUUGGACCCAUAUUCAUGGCCAACCGAAAACCCUUCGAAAUUCGUAAUGUCAUGCUUGUUUACAACAUUGCAAUGGUUUUGUUAUCUGCAUAUAUAUUAGAAGAGUUCAUAUCGUCUGGCUGGUUUGCUGGUUACAGUAUACGAUGUCAACCAGUUGACUAUUCUCGAUCUACACAAGCCAUGAGGAUGGCCGCAGCCUGUUGGUGGUUCUAUUUUUCUAAAUUUAUUGAACUUUUUGAUACGAUAUUCUUUAUUUUGAGAAAGAAACUAAAUCAAGUCUCUUUCCUUCAUGUCUUCCAUCAUGGCAUUAUGCCAGUCUCAUGGUGGUUUGGAGUAAAGUUUGUUCCAGGAGGUUUUGGAACUUUCCAUGCGAUGUUAAAUUCAUUUAUUCACCUUGUUAUGUAUGUAUAUUACGGAUUAUCAGCAGCUGGACCCAAUUUCAAGAAAUAUCUUUGGUGGAAACGGUAUAUGACUUCAUUACAAAUUACUCAAUUCAUAUUUGUAUUUAUUCAUGCCUCCCAGCUCCUGUUUAUUCCUUGUAACUAUCCCAAAGUAUUUGCUUACUGGAUAGCCCUGUAUGCAGUUAUUUUCCUGAUCCUGUUUUCUGAUUAUUUCCACAAGACCUACCGAUCAAAGCCAAAAGUUGCAACAUGCCAAGAAUCCAGGACUGGAAUCUCCACACAGAAGACGUCUAAUCUCAAUGGUGUUGUUGGAAAUAAUAUUGAGAAGAAAUCUAAGUAGAGAACGCAUGAUCAGUUUUGUAUGAAAGCUUUGCAGUCAAUGGCUGCACACAAGUUCUAUCUAUUCUUAAUUGAAAAUUAAUUUAAUGUUUUAAUUUGUUUAUUUGAAGAAUCACGAAGUAACAUUGGUCCUGAUGGCUUUCAGGAACAAUUCUGUACAAGUAUUAAAAGCAAAAAUAUUGUUUUGAAA